CUAUUUCCAGGUGUUGGCAAAUCUUCACUAUUAAUUCGUUUCUCAGAUAACACAUUCUCGGGAAGUUACAUAACAACUAUAGGUGUUGAUUUCAAAAUUCGCACAGUUGUUAUAAACGGUGAACGCGUAAAAUUGCAAAUUUGGGAUACUGCCGGACAGGAACGGUUCAGAACAAUAACUAAUACUUAUUAUCGUGGAACUCAUGGUGUUAUAGUGGUAUACGAUGUAACCAAUGGGGAAUCAUUUGCCAAUGUGAAACGAUGGCUACAAGAAAUUGAAUCUAAUUGUGACGUAGUGAACAAAGUUCUAGUCGGAAAUAAAAACGAUGAUCCCGCCAGAAAGGUUGUGAUUACCGAAGAUGCGCAACGUUUUGCAAACCAGAUGGAUAUACAGCUUUUCGAAACCUCAGCCAAAGACAAUAUAAAUGUAGAAGAAAUGUUUUUAGCCAUCACUGAGCAAGUGUUAAGGCAUAAAAAGCAGACGCAAAAACAGGUACAGUCAGAUCAGAAUAACGACACUGUCAAUCUGCGCAAAGGAGCCAAUAUAAAGAAAAAGAACAAAUGUUGCUAGUACUAUAAUUUAUGUAUCUGAUAUGUGAAGAGAGCUAGCAUAACAUCCGACGACACAAGGAAUAACAGCUGAACGCAUACAAUACACUGUAAUUAUAUAAAUGCUACCUAAUAUAUUUAUAUUGAUUACGAUAUCACGCACUGUAGUAAAUAGACGGCAAUUUUUAACACGUG